UGUGGGUUUGCAUGUCGUGGAGUUAGCCAACGCAAAAUGGUUUGUGACCACACAACUAGAUUUAGUGAUGCCAACUUUCGAGACAUGGAAGGACAAGGAUCCUAAGAAUCAACUAGUGAUUGAAAGAUGCAAUGAAAUGUUCAUAUCCUACGAGUACGUAGUAUAUGUAAGUUCCAUUCGUAUGGGCAAUGGAACAGUGAAGUACACGGAAGAGCUAUGUACACGUCUAGGGUCGAAUGCUAGUAAGAUGUCAGAUUCGAGGCUGAAGCAUGAUACGAAUAACAUAUGUGUUGAGUUAACCAAGGGUAUGCAGUCGUAA